CAGUCUGCCCUGACACACUGUUGGACACAUCCGUGCACCGCCUUCCCAUCCAGCCAUGCUGCACUGUCUCUGGGACAGCAUCUCCUUCCCUACACUCCUCAUCUUCCUCAUUGUCUUCCUGUUUGUCGCUGACUACAUGAAGAACAGAAACCCAAAGAAUUUCCCUCCCACCCCCUUCCGCCUUCCUUUUUUAGGGCACAUCUACAUGAUGGACUUCAAGUCUCCCCAUAUCACAGUGGAGAAGUACACUAAAAAAUACGGUGACAUCUUUGGCAUGUCCAUGGGCAGCAUGAAGCUUGUGGUAGUAAACAGGAUGAAGCUGCUGAAGGAUGUGCUUGUAAACCAAGGGGAGAACUUCCUUGAGCGCCCAGAAAUGCCUAUGGAGAUGUUCAGCAAAAUAGGACUGAUCAGCUCCAAUGGGCACUUGUGGAAGAAAUUCACCUUCCAGGCACCCCCGGACACCACGCUCAGCCUCCAACCCGUGAUGGGCAUCACGAUGGCCCCACAGCCAUACAAGAUCUGCGCUGUGCCUCG